AUGUCAAGCUUGGCGGUUUUUUAUCAUAUGCAGGGUCAAUUGGGCAUGGCUGUUCAAAUCAGAGAAAAAUUGCGGGAGAUCCAGAAAAGAUUAUCCGGCCCAGAGAAACCAAGUACCUUAAGCACGGAAUCCAACCUAGCUGACUUAUAUCGCCGCCAAGGUCAAUUGGAUAAGGCGAAAGCCCUUGGGGUACAAACGCUGGAGACCAAAAAGAGGGUUCUAGGCGAAGAUCACUCUCAAACACUGUGGACAAUGGCUGUCCUUUCAAUGACGUAUCACGACCAGGGCAAAUUGGAGGAAGCGGAAAGACUGGCCAGUCAAGUUGUUCAAACCCGUAAGAUAGUGCUUGGCUUGGAGAAUCUGGAUACACAGGUCGCCAUGAUCAAUCUAGCCUCUGUGUACUACAGACAAGGACGAUGGAAAGAGGCUGAGGUUUUGCAGUUGGAAGCUCUUGACGGCCACAAGAAGGUACUUGGUGCGGAGCAUCAUGAAACUCUGAUGAUCAUGGCAAAUCUAUCUAUGACAUAUAUGAGUUUAGGAAAAUUGGAGGCAGCCAAAAAUCUCUGCAAGGGUGUUGCGACUCAUAUGAGGGGGUUGGCGGCAGAGAACCCAGCCACUUCUCAAGCAAUGAACAACCUAGCCGUGAUAUACCACAAAUUGCGGCGAUGUAAAGAGGCCGAGGACCUUGAAUUACAAGUUCUGGAGACUGAUAAGAGGAUCUUUGGCCCAGAGCAUCCCCAUAUGUUGCUGAUGAUGGGCAACCUGGCGUCAAACUAUGUGAGCCAGGGUCGACAACACGAGGCCGAGGUACUCGAAACCCAGGUUCUCGCUACCCGAAAGCGCGUCCUGGGCCCAGAGCAUCAUCAUACUUUGCUAAGUAAGCACAAAUUAGCCUGUAUCUGGAAAGCGAUGGGGCAAGAUUCUAAAGCCAUCGAGUUGUUGACAGAAGGUGUAGGUAUACAGACGCGGGUUAUGGAAGCAAAACACCCGGAUUCUUUGAUUUUCUUGGAUAAACUGAAUACUGGGAAGGCCGAAGCACUCCAGAUCAAUGCUUCAUCUGCCGAGGGCAUGAUAUCAGAUUGA